AUGGAACACGAAAGAGUUGCAGAGGAAGCCAAGCGCUUAGCAGAAGAAGCUGCGAAGCAGAGGUUGAAGGAGUUGGAAGAGAGAGAACGAAAAAAGAAUGUCCUCGAGGCCACGCUCCUCACAUAUGAUGUAAAUAUGCACAAAAAGAAAGCUUCGGAGAAUCGGUCACCUGCUGAGAUUAUCGAUGAGUACAUUGCAUCGAAACCGAUAGUGGUGUUCAGCAAAACAUGGUGUCCAUUUUGCAAAAAAGCUAAAGCAGCUUUGGCAACAUUUCGAUUGAAUCAAAGACACUUUGAGUAUGUGGAACUUGACGAACGUACCGACCUACCGGGUGAUAAGAUACAGGACGAGUUCGAGAAGAGAUACGGCAGCCGAUCAGUACCUAAGGUAAUUUUUGCUUUUUCAUUUUAUGAGAAAAAGGUGGCGUAGUG